AGACAAGUACUCCAUCUUCUUCUCUCCAUCGCCCAACGCGGUUUUGAUUACAGUUGGAAGAAAGAAAAGCAAAAAACCAAGACCGACGAAAGAGCCCCGCGACCUAGUGGGGAGGCAGUACAGUGGUGGGCGGAAGAUAUGCCUCGCGAGGAGCCGCCGGCGGCCGAGGUCUCGGAGGUGGCGGAGACGGGGGAGGAGAAGGAGGACGGGCAGCCGGAGGAGCAGGAGGAGAGGUGGGCGCGCCUGCUGCCGGAGCUCCUCUCGGAGGUGGUGCGCCGCGUCGAGGCGUCCGGCGGCGAGCGCUGGCCGGCCCGCAAGGACGUCGUCUCCUGCGCGUGCGUCUGCCGCCGGUGGCGCGACGCCGCCGUCGCCGUUGUGCGGCCGCCCGCGGUGUCCGGAAAGAUCACCUUCCCGUCCUCGCUCAAGCAGCCAGGGCCAAGGGAGUUCCCAAUGCAGUGUUUUAUCAAGCGGAAUAAGAAGAACUCUACGUUCUACCUCUACCUUGGCUUGACAACUGCUACUGUAGAUAAAGGGAAGUUUCUCAUGGCCGCAAGAAGGUUUAGGCGUGGCCCCCAUACCGAGUACAUUAUAUCCCUUGAUGCUGACGACUUAUCACAAGGGAGCAAUGCAUAUAUGGGGAAACUGAGAUCUGAUUUUUGGGGAACAAAUUUCAAAGUAUAUGAUAGCAAGCCACCACAUGAUGGCGCUAAAGCAUCAAGUAGUCGAUCUAGUCGGCGUUUCGGAAGUAGAAGAAUAAGCCCCCAAGUAUCGGCAGGCAACUAUGAAGUCGGGCAGCUUUCAUACAAAUACAACCUGCUCAAAUCCAGAGGCCCCAGGAGGAUGUAUUGUGCACUCGAGUGCCCUUCACCUCAAGAGACCUGGGAAAACUCCCUCAAGACGAAGUUCCGGAAGCCCAUGGGCACCACGGUUUUAAGAAACAAAGCUCCCCGCUGGCACGAGCACCUGCAGUGCUGGUGCCUAAACUUCCACGGGCGGGUAACAGUUGCGUCCGUCAAGAAUUUCCAGCUGUCCGUUGCCGCUGACCCCAAUGACCCUACUGGCUCCAGGGACGAGGAGACGGUGCUGCUGCAGUUUGGUAAGGUCGACGACGACAUCUUCACGAUGGAUUAUCGGCAGCCAUUGUCGGCAUUUCAGGCCUUUGCCAUCAGCCUCAGCAGCUUUGGCACCAAGCUGGCUUGUGAAUAGAGCGAUAUGGUGAUGCUCGCAGUAUCACUGCUUUGGUUGUCGCAGUGGAUGCAUCCCGCGAGUCUUGUUGCGUCUCGGUAAUUCGGCGUUUUCUUGCUUUGUUUUUUUUUGUUUGAUGUCGAUGUGCUAUAUGUUUGUAUCAUGAGCAUGUAUACAAGAAAAAUGUAUGGUUCGUUGAAUGUAUUUAGUUCCAACAAGGGAAUGGUGCUGUAUAAAGUUUUACCGAAAACUGAAGCGGGUUCUAUUGUA